AUGGUGCUGAGAGAGGUGAUUACAAAGGACCAUGAACGGGGCGAAAUUCUUUGGUCGAAACUGAGUGAACGAUGCAGGAAAGAGGUGCAUAUGCUGAGAGCAUCGAGUUUCACGCGAACCGGACCACCGACCCAAUUACCAACUGAAAGGUGUGGGUUUAUUCCGAGUUUGAAAUAUUACAUUUUAUUGUUUACAUUUGAUUUUUUUGAAGUAAGACAAAAAUGA